AUGGCGGACCGGAACCGGAUAAAAGAUGAUCCAUACAAGUUCAACCAACGCAGAUCAACAGCUACAGCUACAGCUCCUACACGUCGGUCCGUAGAUCCACACCCAGACCCAGAUCCCGAUUCUGAUUCUGGUUCCGACUCCUCUGCGAAGACGGUCAUUUACGCACCUCUUGGACAGUCGAUUUCUGCAAACCAUCAAUCCAAUCCGCAACCUAUAGUUGCAGCUGCAAAGAACGCUCCUCAGGCUUCUUCAAGCUCCUACGAAGUUCGCCCACCACACAGUACUGCCCCUCCUGCACUGACAGCUCGUCGAGAAAUAAGCCCACGCGUUCCCUCGAACUUUGGUUCUCGCCUCACUGAAGCCGAGUUGGAGUCUCACCCAGUCAUAUACUCUACCGCUUUCGCCAGAGGUGGGUUCGUGGAGCCGCCGCCGACAGAACUUUCCUCGGACGCCUUAGCCAACCUGGGACUCCCAGUCAAUCGAUCCAGAAGAACUUCGGCCCAUUCACCAGCUUCUCCAUAUCAAUCAUUUCCACCACUAGCCCCAGCAGAUACUCAACGCUUCGCCGUUCUUGAACCUAUCUUAACCCAGCCUUCCACUGGUCAAGAUUCCCCAGCACUUCGCCGUCGGACUGGUCAAGUUACUCUUACUCGUACGAAUCUCCUCAUUGGAAAUAACCCUCCAUACCCUACUCAAAAUCGAGCAUCUGACAAUCGCUCUUUUCCAGCUUCAUCUGGCGCGUUCAGUCCUCAAUCUAGCACGACCAACCAAAACGUAAACUUUGGUUAUCCUCGUUCCCCCUCUGGACCUGGAGAAACACUCGAAGCAUUUCCCGUUUUUUCGCCCCCUUCUACUUCGAGCCCUGCAAGUCAAAAUACAGCUUCCCUCCCGCGUACUCGAAAUAGAACACGUUCGAACUCGAUCUCUCGAGAAAACCCUUUAGAAUAUCCAAUUACAGGAGAGGAGGAACGGCUAGCGGGCCUUGUUCGAAGCAUUAAUCAAGAUAGGGAGCGAGAUACUGCGAGGAAUCUUGCUAGACAAGCCGCUGUACGUAGAAACGAUCUACAACGCUCUGGUGGAUAUAGAGGAACGACGUCGAGCAGAUCCCCAUUGCCUACCCCAUUGGAACCCCCCAUUCUUCGAACGUUUGAUUAUCGAGGAGCAACGUCCAGCAGUGGACAAUACCUACUCCCGGUCGCAGAUCCAUACGAUCGAUCAACUACACCCACUCCCAGGAGUUACGCAUCAGGCCGCGCUCGUGCACAAACCACUCAAGCUACCUUUGCCAACAUAAACAACUCAAAUACGGCACAAUUCACUCGUACAUCAGCACUUCAAUCUGACUUUCGCCAACCCAAUAUCCGUCGCGUAGGUGAGCUAGAAACCCUUGGCUCUUCAAGCCGUUCUAUCUCUCUGGGUCAGCAGUCUUUCUCUGCACCGGCCGAACCCCCUUCAAGCCGGCAGUCACAGUCCGGAGAGUCAACACCCACGACAACUCCAAAAUCUAUUGCCGAUUCGUCUAAUAUUGGCGACUUCUAUAGCUGGCGAGUAGAAGUUCCUCACUUUUCUCUUGAAUCCGCUCGAGCCAUUCUUCAAAAGGGCUACCUCCACGACACAGGAACCGCGCUUGAUCGUGUCAAGGUCGCAAGCAUGAAUUUUCAGAGCUAUGGAGAGAACCCACAAGGUGGACCUUCCAACCCCCGACAAGCCCCUCCAUCACCAUCUCAAGGUAUGAAUCACCAGAAUGGAGUCAAUGGUGGUAUGGGCCCUGGCGCCGCCAUGAUUGGUUAUCCUACCCCAGUCGGCCACCAAUCCGACCUAAAUUAUGUCAUGUCAAUGGUCGACGAGCUUUCGGGUGUCCUUAGAAUGAACCAACAGUUGACUGCUAACGUCGUUGACAAGAUGGGAAGAGUCCGUGAAAAGGCUAAGAACCUCAACCUCAAUAACGAUGAAUUGAUUGGAGCAGCGGCGGGAGAAUUGAGUGAAGAAAGUCAGAAUCUCGACAGGGACAUUUCUGAGCUUCGCAAGGCAUUGGAGGACUCCGAAUACGACAAGCGCGAGAAUUUCAAGCUUGCUGUUCACGGCGCAGAAAUCCUUGCUGAUAUCGCCGAAAAGGUUCACAAGUUCAAAGCAAGCCAUGAAGCUGACACUUUGGCAUGGCACAAAAACUACCGAAAGCAAUUGGCGGAUGAGCGUGAGGAGAACUUACGGCUACGCAACGAGAUGAAUGACCAGAAAGCUGCUGCCAGCCGUGCAAAUGAGCACUUGCGUGCCAUGCGUCGAUAUAUUACUGACAACGACGAGCGCCACAACCUGAGGGUUGAGAACCAUAGGCUUCGAACUGAGAAGCGCUUCUGGAAGAGACUUGCCUUGCCGCUGAUCCCGGACGAUGACUCGGAAUGGUCCGAUGACGACGAUCUCAUUGAUCCCGAAGAGAAGAAGCGCCUGGAGGCUGCUCUGAAGGAGAAGGAGAGAAUUGCAAGGGAAGAAGUGGAAGGAGAGGUUGAGGGAGACGCUGGCGCGGGUGCUGCUUAA